AAGAAGCUUGGGACGACAGUGGAAAGUUCAGUAAUGGAUGAGCGGAGCAGUUACGUUGUGGACUUGAGCAACGGCCUGGAAGAUGUUUCUAUUUCAUUUUUGCCACAUUCGGCCAAACAGACCCUUCCCGAGUUCAAGUACGCUCCAGCCAACGUUCAAGGACCAGGAUGCAGUGUUGACCCGAGUGAAGUUACACUUCCUGGAUGCUCCUGCCUUUUCCACUCGUGCGUCAGCGAGAGCUGCUCCUGCCUGCAGGCCCACGGCCAAGCCUACUCCAGCAAUGGCACGUUGGUGAGCUUUCACGUUGCAGAUGCCGGCCGCUGUGCGCCGGUGUUUGAGUGUAACGCCCUUUGUUCCUGCGGUGACACUUGCGCUAACCGCGUGGUGCAGAGAGGGUUGAGACUGACUUUGCAGGUGUGUGGCACCGGCAGGAGGGGUUGGGGAGUGCGGACACUUCAGCGGAUUCCGCGCGGGAUGUUCGUGUGCGAGUACGCAGGGGAGGUCAUCGGUUUGGAGGAGGCCAGACGCAGGCAACUCGCACAGAGACACGAGGAAAAUAAUUACAUCAUCGCCGUACGGGAGCAUGCGGGCACAGGCUCCGUCACGGAGACGUUUGUGGACCCGACCGCUGUGGGAAACGUCGGUCGCUUUCUGAACCACUCCUGCAUGCCCAACCUGUUCAUGGUGCCGGUCCGUGUGCACUCUGUGGUACCCAGGCUUGCGCUGUUUGCUGGCCGGGACAUCGAUGCCCAAGAGGAGCUGACGUUUGACUACUCGGGAGGCUACAGAAACCAAGCACCCGGACAGAUGCUUGAUGCACAGACCGAUGCUGCCGUUCAGGCCGGUGGGGCGGUCCAAAGGAAAGUAUGUCACUGCGGUGCCGACAACUGUGAAAAGUUCCUGCCUUUGGAUGUCUCUAUUUUAAACUAACCUACAUUCAGUGUUCCAGACCAAACUGAUGAAAUGUCGGGGUUUCACAUGUAUGGUGUUUCAUUGAGCCACGUUCAACAUGACACGGCACCAUGAACGCAACAUCAUUACCUCCUGUUUAGGGAGACGUGAAGAAUUCAGCGAACUCCUUGACAUUCCCGUCUGUACCCUCUUUUACAGCGUUCGAGAAUGGCUCGUUCUGCGGGGAGCCUGUCAUGCUGUCCUCACACUUAAUGUCCUGUUUCUCCCAGCGCACACGUUCGUUAGCAGCAGGAGGAUCCUGAGCACAGGCUCAUCAUCAUCUCAACCGAGCUGAUAUUUGUAGUCUUGAUGACAGUAAAAGCCUUGUGCAAGAGAGCAAUUUGAUAUUCCAUGAAGCAAAACCAGAGUAUGCAAUGCCACAUGACUCCAUACACUCACUUCCGUCAUCAGUGUUCUCAGCUCCUCGUCGCCCUUGGACCUCAAGAGAGGUACGGCCAAUUAAAACAGGCCUCGGGGUAUUUUGAUUUAGAAACCAGUUUUAUUCCCCAGUCAGAGGAGGAGGAGUGCGGGUGUCCCACUUUAGCGUGACCGUUUCUGAAAACAGGCCCUCCUCUCAAUGUGGCCCACUUCUCGUGUAGACCCGCUUUCAUGUUAUUAAUAUCAACAUCUGGGUUAAUUAGAAUGGAGACUGUCUUGAAUCCAGACAUGGGAACAUUGCUUCAGCCACACCGGGGCUGGGAGAGAUGGGAGCAUUGGGGUGGAGAAUAGUGAGCAGGCUUCACAGAUACUGUAAAAUACAUUUUGAUGUGAAAGUUCAAUAAGAAGGUUGCUUUCAACAAACUAGAAAUGCAAACCUCCGCCAAGCGCCAUAGUUCCCCCCAUAUGGUGCUUUAGACCAUAAACAUUAGUCCUACACCAUGAAAACAUACAUACCACGGAAGGCUAUGACUUUGAAUGCUAACAUAUUAACAUUAGUAUGCUAACACCUAGCAUGAUAGCGCUACAUGUAUAGUGCUUACCUUUGAAAAUGCUAAACAUGUUGGUAUAAUUAUGUUAGCAUGCUAACACCUAGCAUGAUAGGGCUAUGUGUCUACUUAAAUUCAUAUUCAUAAAAUUUGUAAAAAAAAAAAAAAAAAAAAAUGUUAGUAUGCUAACAUGCUAAUGUUAGCAUGGUGACACCUAAAGCCUUUUCUACGGAUUUAAAUAUAUAUAAAAGUAGAAACAAAUUUUAAAUUAAAAAAUGUAAAAAUAGUGGACCGAGGGCUAUUUGUGGAAUUUAAAUAUAUAUGCAAUAUAUUUAAACAAAUAUAUGUAUUUAAACUAACUAGCGUGCGAAAAACGAGCACUGCUGAUGGAUAGCCUAUAAAGUCAAAAACUGUAACCAGAAACCAAUUAUUUGCAAUGACGACGAUCCUGAACAAAAACUGCGUGCCAUUUGAGGAAAAAAUAGGGCAGAGGAAGACCAAAUAUUUUAAGAACUACUUAGAAAUAAACACGUCAUUCAGCAAGAGAGAUCAUAACUUACAGCAGAAAGCUUUUGAAAUGCAUGUUGUGUUUAUGUGAUUCUGUCAUUCCCUCUGCCCUUUCAUAUCUGGUAUGAGAAAAGAAAUACAUGACUCAUAGUAUUUUGUGUCUCUGGAAUCCCCAUGGUAACGGAGUGUGUGUACAGGUGGUGAUCGGUCAGGGCUGGUUGUGUGUGACGUGGACAAAGGCUGUUCUCAACUACGCAUUGUUCACAGGAGCCAGGGCUCCCAGCAAAUAGCUCUUUUCCGGGGCGUCACCUAGCAACCAGGCGUUAAUCACAUGAGGUGAACAGCACGUGAUGGUAAGAAUGGUGCACCAUGCAUGAGACAAUCACGUCCCACGGUGCUUUUGUGAUCGACAGCUCAGGUUCAUGUGAUCCCAGGGAGAAUAAUGUGUGGAUGAGUACAGCACAUUGUUGCUAUCAGUGACGUAUGCUCGUUAACCUCAAAGCGACUAUGAAAACGACCUGAGAGAAUUACUUUUCGUUUGAAAGUGUAGCCACUUGACAUUGUCUUGCCGGAUACAAGAACUGUGUCAUGCAUAUUUUACCUUACAACUUAGUUUUGGUCUCCGUUACCUUCACUGCUUGGGUUCAGGUCAAAAUGACGAGGUACACCGUGGACUGGACUGAGUACGAGACAUUCACAGGAUUGACAAUGGGGACAAACAAUCUACGUCUGCUCUGGCAGGACAGCCUGACAUCUGUGGCGGAGCAAAGGACACUGAGGAGACAUCAUGGACAUCAUCUCCCAACAGCAGCGCGGUUUCACUAGCAGAUUACUAUCACUGUCCUGUUCCACCGAGAGACUGAGUGGAUCAUUCCUCCCCCACGCCAUGCGACUUUUCAAAAGAACAGGGGGGGGAAUCGGAAGUGAUGUGUUCCGUAUUUAUUUCUUCUUCUUAUAUUUUCUCAUCUCUCCUAUCUUGCCUUGUUUGUUUUGUUGUUACGUGAUUACGUUUAUUAUGAGACUUUUGCGGAUCUGCCGGAAAUGUGAAUUUUAUCUAUCCGUCUAGCAAAAGUCUUCAACUAACUGUGGGGACCCACACGACACAGGCUGAGAAACCUUAAUUAUCACAGGACCUGUUCCGGCAACAGAGUCUAAGUGUGGCUUUGCGUCAGUGUUUGAGGAAGGGGGCGUGUUCAGCGCCUGUCAGUGUUCUGAUCGGUUGCCCCCAUCGCAGAUGUUGAGUUAAAUUUGGCCUGUGACACCUGCAGCGGACGCAGCAGGAAGUUCCGGGGCUGAAGUUCCCCCCCACCAAUGAUCAGACCCAUUCAUGCAGUACAUUCCUUUACUUCAGUGCUCAGCACUCCACAGUGUAAAUAUGGUAAAUUACACAUUAAUAUAUUCAAAAACCUUGCAACAUUUUAGUAGCAAACUAGCAAUUGAGUGCGAUGACCCGGCCUUUAUUAAAGUGAUUAAAAUUAAUUUAUAAAGCCAAAACUGACUUGGAGCCAUCGUAGUAGUGAAGAGCUGAGGAUGCCUAUGCAGUACAUCUUGCAGGACCAAACCUUCAUCCUUUCAGUCACACGUUGCAUUCUGAAACACACACCCACCCCAGCUGUGAAGCAGUCAAGUCAAGUAGAAUUGCCACAUCGAAGGUAAGCCACACAUCAGACGAGCAUGUGAAGGCCAAACCUGGAGAAACACCGUCCUCAGUGUCCAACUGUCCACAACAAUGGUCACUAACCUUUUAGAGGCCAAGAGCUAAAAUAACAUAAAAAAAAAUUAAGGCUCGUCUCAGUUUUGCCAGAAAAAACAUCUCGAUGGUCCCCAAGACCUUUGGGAAAAUACUCUGUUGUUGAAAAGUUUUUGGAAGGACACAACUGAACACAAAUUGCAGUUUUAAAGGAAACUUUUUAUUGUUAAGUGAGAAAAAAAUCCAAGCCUACAUGGCCCUGUGUGAAAAACUUGAUUGACCCCCCCCCCCCCGUUAAAACAUACUUAACUGAGAUGACUUGACAUCUAUCAGUGUGGAAAAGGCUAUAAAGCCAUUUUUAAAGUUUUAGGACUCCAGCAAACUACAGUGAGAACCGUUGUCCACAAAUAGCCGAAACAUGGAACAGUAAUGAACCUUCCCAGGAGUGGCCGGCCAACCAAAAUGACCACAAGAGCACACGACAACAUUACAACAACUGCAGGCCUCACUUGCCUCAGGUGUGAGUCCCAUUACAUCUGGCGUAAAAGUAAGGCCGCUUUUCAGAAAAAGAACAUCAUACCAGCAGUAAAAUAUGGUGGUGGUAGUGUGAUGGUCUGGGGCUGUUUUGCUGCUUCAGGACCUGGAAGACUUGCUGCAAUAAAUGGAAGCAUGAAUUCUGCUGAAGGAGAAUGUCUGAAAGCAACUUGGGUUGUGCAGCAGGACAAUGAUCCAAAACACACCAGCAAGUCCACCUCUGAAUGGAUGAAGACUUUGGAGUGGUCUAGUCCAAGUCCUGACCUGAAUCCUAUUGAGAUGCUGUGGCAUGACCUUGAAAAGGAAAAGCCUCCAAUGUGGCUGAAUGACAACAAUUCUGCUAAAAUUCCUCCCCAGCGCUGGAAGAGACUCAUUGCAAGUUAUCACAAACGCUUGAUUGCAGUUGUUGCUGCUAAGGGGGGCCAACCACUUAUUAGCUUUAGGGGGACAUCACCUUUUCACACAGGGACAUGUAGCUUUUUUAAUAAUAAAAAGCUUCAUUUAAAAAGUGCAUUUUGUGUUUAGUUGUGUUGUCAUUAACUAAUAUUUACAUUUGUUUGAUGAUUGAAGCUCUUAAGUGUGACAAACGUGAAAAAAAGAGAAAUCACACAAACUGUAUAUCUUCAUUUUUUUCAAGGUUUUUACAGUCAAAUCAAAAGUGAUACAAAUUUAAAGCUUUCUCUUUAAGUACAAAGCUUUGUGUUAUUAUUGGUUGUUGCAUCAACAUUUCAGCUUUCUCUCAUUGUGCCUUUUGCUCUAUUUUUACCGUUUUUGGUGUUUCUGAAAUGUUAUUCUGUUUCUGCAGUCAUGCAAUGACAAAUGAGCCACGGCCGCACUUUGGGCUCCUGGCUGUGUUGCCCGGACAGCGCCGAGGGGUACGGGCGUGUUCCCGCUUUCAGGGAGGGGAAGGCACUGAUUUGUUUUCGACUGGUAUCUCGCGACCAACGGGUUGGUGACCCCUGGUAUACAAACUACGGUUGGGUGACUGCAAAUUUUGGUAUCAAUCCCAUACUGAUGAAAUGCAGUUUCGCUAGUGCUGAUACCAACACUGAUACCAAUGGUUUUUACUUGACAUUUUUCAAGAUCAUUGGAGGAUUUUGUGAUUUGAAUGAAUUUUGUUGUUCAUGAUUAUACUUUAGAUUAUAAAUAGAUUUUAAGCAAACCCCAAACAUCUUUUUAUCAGCAAAGGUAUUUGUGAACCAUUUAACCAUAUAUUAACACAACAUUAUACGACUCUACUGUGUAAUAAUAUCAACAGAAUAACACAUUUAUUACGUAGAAUUCUUUGACCAAAAUAAGGUCAAUACUGUACUGCAAAAUGACUAAACACAAGCAAAAACUAGUAUUGACUUUCACUGAUAUUCUUUUACAAUUUAAAUGUGUAAAUAUAACAAAAUCAACAGUGCAAUUUGUGAAAAUAGCCAUAGAUGAGAACUCUCAUCACACUAGUACUGAUACAAUACUCAUACUGCUACGAUCGAUACGAUACCAACCAUAAACUGAGCCCAGACAAUCCCAUGACUGUGACUGUCUCAUCUUUGCUCUGUGUGGAGCAGAUUUGGUGUUAACUGCAGAGAUAGAUAGAUGAAAAGUCUUUCAGUGGAGCCGGACAGUGAUAGUAAUCUGCCACAGAAACGGCACUUCUGUCGGGAGAUGAUGCUGUGCACUGGAUGAUGCUGGUUGUCCGUGAUGGAAAGGAGCCUCCUCCUUGAAUAUCACGCUUUCAUUGAGUGGCUCUCAUAUGAACUGUAAUUGCAUCCUGGCAAAUGAUUUGCAGUGGAAGUCAUUCUCCAUUUGCUGUUUGCAAAGUCCGCACGCACUUUCUGCUGCACAGAUAACAUUGACAGAGCACAGAAACUUUGGAAGUCCAAUAACAAUCGUUACCCUUUGUGUCUGUCGCCAUCACGCGUGUUAUUUGCGUGGGAAGCGCCUUGAACGUCUUCUGUUUUGCUUCUAAAACACACCAGCUGCAAAACAAGAAGCUAGUCUGUAGUUACGGGGC